AUGCUGCCGGCCGCCGUGAGAAAGUGGUUGAAUCGGCCCAAGACACUUUCUAAAAAGGGAACAAACUUCCACUGCUACAGCCAGCCCUCCCCACCUCCCGCCCAGCCGACGCCUGAGGAGGAGGCUGCCCUCCCCAUAGGGGCUAUCGGUGGGCGUGAGGAACGGGGUAGGCAGAGUGAGCUGGACCGGGCCAAUCUUGGUGGUUCUGGGAGGUCAGAUCCUCGGCUCCUGGCUCAAUUUUUCUUUGCUGAUGAACGAGUGACACAAGUGGUGACUGAAAUCAUCUGCCUCGAUAUACAGGAAGACCCUCAGCACUACCUGGUGCUGCUGAGUCAGCUCCAUGCCAGCCAGACUUGGCACCUGGAUGUAGGAGCUGAAGUAAAGGAAAGUGUCAAAGAUGACAGUGACGGGGAGGAUGGCAGCACCAUGGACAGAAACGGGGGACCUCGAUGGGAGGGGCAGGAGCAGCUAUUGGCAGUGAUGGAGCAGAUAAUGGAGGAGAACCUGUCUGGUGACCGAAGGCCUCGGGACUAUGUGGCCAAGUUCCCAGAGGAGCUGCUGGGAGUGAGCCUGGCAUCCCAUGUGCUCUUUGCUGCUGAGUGCCUGGUGGCUGGCUCCUUUGUGGAAGUGGAUGAGACUGCCCAGCAGCUUCUCCAGCCUCUAGCCCGGGACCUGCUGCUGAGCCUGGAGCAGGCUCGGGCUCUCCUGCGAGAGCAGAGUCUGGGCCGCCCUGGGCCCUUUUCUCAGUCUCUGCGUUCUGCCCUGCUUCGUUUUGACAACCUCUUUGCUGACUUUGAGUUCAACUAUGUGGCAAUGGUAGCCCCUGUAAAGUCCCCAGAGGAGCUUGAGCAGCAGCAGGAGGUGGCCGUACUUUUCUGUGAGACGGUAGCCAGGGCCCUGGAACUUGGCUAUCUAACCCAGGAGAUGAUUGACAGCUAUGAGCCUAGUCUCAUGUUGACCAUACCUCGUCUGGCCAUCAUCAGUGGCCUUCUCAUCCACCCUGAGGGCCCCCUGAGCCUGGACCCACCUGGUGCUACAGCCUAUGUCUUCAGUCCCUUUCGAAGCCUUUUGCAGAAGAUCCAAGCCUUAUUGGGUGUUCUAUCAGCUGACGAGCUCUUCAUACUUGAACGGAGCCUGUGUAUGGCAGAUGCCCCCUGGGAGCCCAUGGACAAGCCCAGGACAGAGAGCUCAAUAUCUAAUACUUCUUGUCAGACUAGGGUCUGGACCCCACAACCUGUCCCACAUCUGCCCUUCCAGCAGGACAAAACCCAUGGUUGUCCUGAUCAGGGCUUAAGAGCAUCAAGUGAGAGUCUGGGAACUAAGCCAGGUACCUCCUUCCCAUGGACUGACUCUGGAGAUGCCACCUGCCCCCGGCUGUUGGACCAGCCAGUACCCACUGAGGGUGGGUCCCCUGGCACUGUCCCACAUUCAAGAGAGCCAAAGAGACAAGAGCCCAGAAGAUAUGGAGCCCACCAACAUGUUGGGCAGGACCAGUCAGUGGCCGCCAGGUCUUUGCAGGCAGAGAUGGGCAGAGCACUUCGGGCCUGCUACCCUAGCCCUCAAAACAUGCUCCACUCGCUCUUUGUCUGCAUCUCAGGUGUAGCUGACCAGUUGCAGACCAACUUUGCCAGUGAACUUCGAGCCAUCCUUCAUAUGGUGUUCUUGGUGGUGGUAUCCAAGCCUGGGCCAGAGGAAGAAGCAGAGGAAGGAGGCUGUAGGUUGGCUGCCCCUCUGGCAGAUUGCACCCUGUGUGUUGAAUAUGGCCGAGAAGAGCCCCCUGCCUGGGUCCCAGAUCAUGCCUGUUUUCAUUGCACUGCCUGCCAGGCUCCCUUUAGCCUUACUCGCCGAAGGCAUCACUGCCGGAACUGUGGAAAGAUCUUCUGCUCACGAUGUUCCUCCAAAUCUGUGCCUCUGCCUUGGUUUGGCUACAUGAAGCCUGUGCGAGUGUGUGCCCACUGCUACGCUGCCCAUGUCCUUCCAGGCUGCUCCUGACACUUCUGCCCCACUCACUAGCCUUGGGGACCAGCUGACAGAACUGCUUCUGCCUGUGUCCAGGCUCUGGGCUGGGGACUAGGAAGGCCUAGAGGCCUCUGGGACAGUCAUCCAGGGUUCAGGAUCUGCCCCAGCAAGGAGAGAUCGAACCUGAACCUACAGGGUAGAACUUCCCUGCCCUCCUCCUAGGGUGAGGGGUGGCUUUGGGGUCCCUGGACUGUGGAUCUGGGGCACUCUUUCCUCUCCAACCUCAAAAAUCUCAGGGGUGCCACUCUCGUUGCUCCCACACAAGCUUUGUGUGCGUGCUAGGAGUGACCAGGAAAGGGCAGGGGCUGGGGUGUGUCCGUUCUCUCCCCUUUUCUUCCUUCCCCUUGGGUUCUCUUGGGACCUCUUGGAAAGAUUAGCCCUUCUCAUCUUUCUCACUGCCUUUUAGAGG